CCAAACUCCAACCAGUAGGAGUCAGGCGAGUCCGGCCGGAAGUCAGCAGGCGAAGAAGAUGGGCCUUUACCAAGAAAGGAAGCUGUGUGUUUAUUACGAACUGACAAAGUAACGCUGCUUGUUUCGAUUGUAUUGCUUAACUUUUUUUAAAAACAUAGUGUAGUUUGGUUGUGUUGUUUGUGUGCUUGAAAAUGAUUCUCACGGUGAAGCCACUUCAAGGAAAAGAAUGUUGUGUCCAGGUGACUGAAGAUGAAAAGGUCUCCACAGUGAAGGAACUUGUGUCUGAACGAUUGAACAUACCCGCAAACCAGCAGCGGUUGCUCUACAAAGGAAAAGCACUUGCAGAUGAACACAGGCUUAGUGAUUACUCCAUCGGCCCAGAGGCUAAAUUGAAUCUGGUGAUCCGUCCUGUGGGGGAGAAGAUGGCAGCCUCUGGGGCAGCUGGCAGCACGAGCUCCAGCAGCACGCACACAGGCGUGUGGCAGACUGUGUCAACCAUCCUUGCAAAACACUUUAGUCCUGCAGAUGCUGCAAAAGUACACGAACAGCUUAUAAAGGAUUAUGAACGUUCACUUCGACAGCUCAGCCUCGAUGACAUUGAGCGCUUAGCUGGGAGGCUGCUUCACCCGGACGGCGAUGCAAUGGAUACCUCAUACAUGGACUAAAGAUGCAUAGCUUAAAGCAACUUCUUUUGAUUGUUUUUUUUGUUUUGAUUUUCAGGGGGGGAGGGCACACUAUGCUUGGAGCUACAGGCAGUGAUUUAGAGUGUGACGCUUUUGGAAAAUACAGCACCAUUUUUUUAAAGUUGCAGACGUCCCCCUGCUGUGUGCCUAAUCAGUGGCUGAGGGAACAUCUGACUGUUGAUUGUCUCAUUAAUGCAGCUCUCUAUCCGCAUACAAAGGACUUCUAUUUAAGACAGAAAAACAUGGUCACUUUGCAUUGCCUAUGUUGUGGGUGGUAUCGCAGUUUCCAAAUGCAAAGGAAUCCUUUUAUGGUGUUGUUCCACUUCAUCUCUGGCUGCUACAAAUCCAAGGGGACACUAACAUCCAGUGGCCGGUAUUUAUUGAUAAUUCCUCUUUUGAACGAUAACUGGGUGUUAUCUGUUAAACAUCUGUAAGAAAGUGUGUUUUACCCUGUUACUUACUGAUGGCCGUUAAAUGAGUUGUAAAUAUGUUGUUUAUAUAUGCAAACAUUAAAACAAAGAAGAAAAAAAAUCUCUCUCCAGUGUUGUGCUAAAUGAAAAAAUACUGCAGUUAUUAUGAAUUUAAAAGCAU